AUGAGUUCGGGGCUCCGGCGAGGUGAGGGUCCGAACGAGGAGUCCUUUCCUCUCCUCUUGUUCUUCUUCCCCUCUGGCAUUUCCUCGCAGAAACAGGGGAGCUGACUUGGCGAGAGAGAGAAUUCUGUAAGAUUUAGAGCAUGAUGUCUGGAGGGUACACGAGUCUCGACGGUCAGAGGGUCUCCGGAUCAGUGCCUGUAUCAACCUCUCUCUCUUUCUCCCUCCCUCCCUCGCUUGUCGGCGUUCGCCUGACGAGAUUUUUCAACGUUAUUCCCUUUCUGUUGAGAUGCAGGCUGUUACAGGACCCGACCAUGUUAAUUUGAAGUUCCCAGCUUCCAACCUUCAGACAUUUCCCCCUUCUGGAGACCAAGGAAAGAUUUCUGCAACGUACAAACCUCCCCAUGACGCCGACGAUACGUUUUCGAAGCCAGCUCCAGGUAGUGGCAGUGGUGAGACUCAGCAGGCCGGCUGGUUCCAGUUCUUCACUGUAUCAUCUUACAAGCCGUACUUCGAUGUCGACACAUCGGAUGUAUUGGAAAGGAUCAGGGAUUCCCUGUUUCCGUUCAAGGGAGAUUUUUCAGAGAAGACAGCAAACAAUCCUGAUCUGUACGGCCCUUUCUGGAUCUGCAGCACCCUGAUAUUUGUUGCAGCAGCUAUAGGGACGUUUGUUACAUAUGUAGCGCACAAGCUGGACAAAAAGGAGUGGAAUUAUGAUAUACAUCUGGUCACAUGGUCAGCAGGGUUGUUCUAUGGCUAUGUUGGUGUUGUCCCUGUCGGCUUAUACCUUAUUCUCAAGUACUUCUCUGUUCCUUCUGGACUCGUUCAGCUGUGGUGCUUAUAUGGAUAUUCAUUGUUUGUAUUCAUCCCUGCCUCUUGUUUAUCGAUCAUACCCAUCGAAAUUUUUAGGUGGUUGAUAGCAGGUGGUGCAGGGUUCAUGUCAGCAAGCUUUGUAGCUCUUAAUCUUCGGACGCACAUUAAAUCCGCAGGUGAAAGAUGGUUCCUUAUUGUUGCUGGCAUCUUUCUGUUGCAGCUGGGCCUUGCAGCUGUCUUAAAGCUCUACUUGUUCACGAUGACAGUGUGAUAUGAGUAGGUGGUAGUGGAAUUGGAGGAAAGAAAGAAGGUUUUCCGAUGAUGGUUCUUCAUGUUUCCUCAAUUCUGAAACGUAGAUCUGCUGCUGUUUUUAAUUUUUUACCCAUGUAACUUCAUUCUUCUAAAAUUUACUAUUCACAUUGUUGCUAUUUUUUC